UGUCCCUCGGACACAGAGGAUCACCGAUCAACGGAAAGAGCCGAAGAUGUCGGCUCUGUCAAGUGAUCAGCUGUGGCACUGAUGAUCAGUGUGCCCUGAUGAUCUGUGUAGCCCCAGCAGUGCCACCUGUCAGUGUCCAUCAGUGCCAGCUGUCAGUGAUCAUCAAUGCCACCUGCCAGUGCCCAUCAAUGCCUACCAGUGCACAUCAAUGCCACAUAUCAGUGCCCAUCUAAGCUGCCUUUCAGUGUCACCUAUCAGUGCCAGUCAGUGCCACCUAUCAAUGCCAGUCAGUGCCACCUAUCAGUGCCACCAAUCAGUGCCACCUAUCAAUGCCAAUCAGUG